GUCCGGGCCGCCGCUGGUGACCGCUCGCCGCCGCUGCCCCCGCCGUCCCCGCCGCCGCCGCCGGAGGCUUGCACCCCGCGCCCUGCCGUCCGGGCGCACCCGCGGAAGAGCCCCGGCCUCCCUCGGCCCCCUGGACGCGGAGGCUUGCGCCGCGCGGGGUCGGCGGCGAGGCCCGAAAAAUGGCUUGGGUGCUCAAGAUGGACGAGGUGAUCGAAUCCGGGCUGGUGCACGACUUCGACGCCAGCCUUUCCGGCAUCGGGCAGGAGCUGGGCGCCGGCGCCUACAGCAUGAGUGAUGUGUUGGCAUUGCCCAUUUUCAAGCAGGAAGAUUCUAGCCUCCCGCUGGAUGGUGAAACCAAGAACCCACCCUUCCAGUACGUAAUGUGUGCCGCCACGUCCCCAGCCGUGAAGCUGCAUGACGAGACGCUCACCUACCUGAACCAAGGUCAGUCUUAUGAAAUUCGGAUGCUGGAUAAUCGGAAAAUGGGCGAUAUGCCUGAGAUUAGUGGAAAAUUGGUAAAGAGCAUCAUACGGGUUGUGUUCCAUGACCGACGGCUGCAGUACACAGAGCAUCAGCAGCUCGAAGGCUGGAAGUGGAAUCGCCCAGGAGACAGGCUGCUCGACUUAGAUAUUCCGAUGUCUGUGGGAAUAAUUGACACCAGGACAAAUCCGAGUCAGUUAAAUGCGGUUGAAUUUCUGUGGGACCCUGCAAAACGCACAUCUGCUUUCAUUCAGGUACACUGCAUCAGCACAGAAUUCACUCCACGGAAGCAUGGAGGGGAGAAGGGAGUGCCUUUUAGAAUCCAGGUAGACACCUUCAAGCAGAAUGAGAAUGGGGAGUACACAGAUCACCUACACUCAGCUAGCUGCCAAAUCAAAGUUUUCAAGCCUAAAGGUGCAGACAGGAAGCAAAAAACUGACCGGGAGAAGAUGGAGAAGAGAACAGCUCAUGAGAAAGAAAAGUAUCAGCCGUCGUAUGAUACCACAAUCCUCACCGAGAUGAGGCUUGAGCCUAUAAUUGAAGAUGCAGUUGAACAUGAGCAGAAAAAGUCCAGCAAGCGGACUUUGCCAGCAGACUACGGUGAUUCUCUGGCAAAGCGAGGCAGUUGUUCUCCGUGGCCCGAUGCCCCUACAGCCUAUGUGAAUAACAGCCCUUCCCCGGCGCCCACGUUCACCUCCUCACAGACCACGUGCAGUGUCCCGGACAGCAAUUCUUCAUCGCCGAAUCAUCAGGGAGAUGGCGCUUCCCAGGCCACCACUGAGCAAAUUCAGCCUUCUGCUACGCCCCAGGAAACACAGCAGUGGCUGCUCAAGAACAGAUUCUCUUCCUACACAAGACUGUUCUCUAACUUUUCAGGUGCCGACUUACUAAAACUGACAAAGGAGGAUUUAGUUCAGAUUUGUGGUGCAGCCGAUGGGAUUCGGCUCUACAAUUCACUCAAGUCCAGGUCAGUCAGGCCUCGUUUAACCAUCUAUGUCUGCCAGGAGCAGCCGCGCAGCACAGCCCUGAGAGGGCAGCAGCCAGCUGCAGGCAGUGCAGGCGAGAACGGUGGUGGGACACCCUAUGUUUAUCAUGCAAUCUACUUGGAAGAAAUGGUUGCCUCAGAAGUUGCUCGGAAGCUUGCACUGGUGUUUAAUAUUCCUUUUCACAAAAUCAACCAGGUUUACAGACAAGGCCCCACUGGUAUCCACAUCCUUGUUAGCGAUCAGAUGGUUCAGAACUUUCAAGAUGAGAGUUGUUUUUUAUUCUCUACGGUAAAAGCUGAAAAUAAUGAUGGUAUCCACAUAAUUUUGAAGUGAUGUCUUAUGUAUUCUGAACUAUAAUUCACUACCAAAUAGUCAUGCUUAGAAGUGUGUGAAGACCGAAUCCAAGAAAUCUUGGCAUUGGAUUUUACCAUAUGAAAUGUUUCAUAUUGAAAACACAAGAUUGAAAGCCCUUCUCAUGAGCUGUGUGAGCGGCAAGUCUCCUCACUGUCACUGCCAUGGCCGAGCACGUCGGGACAGCGCGUCCCCAGCCCUGCAGGCCAGCGCGGGCCAGAGGCCAACAGAUACAGUCCCUGGAAGCAGCUCCGCUGUCUUUACACUGUAUGCGGUUUGGAAUUGAAUGUAAAAGCUUACUGUGGGCAUUUACCUUUCUGGGCCAGUGUGGCUUUCGUCGCCAGAACCUUACGCUGAGCUGGGGACGGGCUGGGGGACAGUGCUGCGUGCAGCCAGCGUGGAACCUGCCUGUGGAGGGAGGCGUGUGCUGGCCUGGCAGCCAGUGGUCAGGGGAGCAGCUCGGCGCCGCCUCAGAGGAAAUCAUGUCUGCCUGAUGUGAUGGCGGCGGAGCCAGGAAGAUCCAAGCCAGGAAGCCGGGCUUGGAGCGGAGUGCAUUUCAGGAGUACCUUGGUGAGAGGAUCAGUGUAAAUCCUAAUAGGUACAAAGACUCGUAUUUUUGCUUUGUCACAGGUUUAUUGAAACUGUUUUGCUUCUGCUUCCAUUUUUAGCAUUUUAGUUUCUGGUUUUCCUUUGUUGAAGCCUCCUUGACUUUUAUAUUCAUGUGGUUUUCUUUCUCAUUUCCCUCUGCCUCUCCAUCCUUAGCCCCACGCUGCCCUGUUCUUAAUCACUGUUAAAGCCCUGGCCCGGACAUUGGAAAUGAGUGGUGUGAGUAGCGGUGAGGUGUUACUGUUGAUAGCUUCUGACUCGGUGUCCUGGGAUCUGGUAUGAACAAGAUGGAGUCAUUCAUGGCAACACUAGGUGGCAGAAAGCACACACUCGGUGCACCGUCGCGGAUGCGCCUUCUGGGGACGGCUAGGGCUUUUUAUACACGUACUAGCUUUUCUAUAAAAAGAGUGCCUCUUUUGUAAAACCAAAUGCUUCUCUGCUGGCCUACAUGUCAAGGGAACUUAGUAUUUCCUCCUCUUCCUCCUAGUCUCUGUUUCACCCCAGAGCCUUCCCAGAACUCAUGAGAAAGCAGCUUGGAGGCCUGUGGUGGCACAGAGGCCCCCACUUUCACUGUAACAUCUCUGUCCAUUUGUCCAGGUCUUGGCUGGUAACCUACUAGUUGGUCCUCAUCUGUGUUCAGGUGGAAGAAAGUAGUUUGAGUUUGAAAUCUCCCAGAAGACAAACUACUUCAGCGGGUAAAACUCCUUGCUGUAUUCGUAAAGGGCGUUCCUGAUGGGCUGCAGGGAAGUGUCCCCUCCUGUCUUCAGUCCCCACCAUCCCCCGUGGGAGGAGUGCUUGCCUUUCUCCUCCCGCUACGUCUGCAUCACCACGUGUUUCUGUGCCAGUUACUUAGGAAGUGAGCUUCUCUUCUACUUCUUUUAAAGUUUUGCUCGUCUAUUUAGCAUUCCUUCUUGGGUCUCAUGAUUCAUGGAACAAUAAAUGGCAUAUAAUGCUGUGUGCUACUUUGAAUUUCUAAUCAGGCUUUAGGAGUGGCGGGUCAAAACACAAGCUCAUCCAACCUGAAAUGACACUGACGGCAUUGAACGUGAGUCUGUCCCAGUGAAACAGGUUCAAUAAAUUAAUGGCACCAGCAAAUUUGCUACUUUUUUAAAUAGUAGGAUGUACACAUUUCAGUAUAAUAAAUGUUUUCCGAUUGUUUUGCAAA